GUGGCAGCAAAGUAAAGGCUGAAGAAAUGCAUAAAGUUUCUGAAGUUGUGCUCUCCCAUGAUGUAUACAUGGUGUGUAGGCAGCAUGCGUAUACCACUGACGCAGAGGAGGUUAUGGGACUGCUAGUGGGGAGCUACAUCCAAUCAGAGAGUGAUAAAGAAAAGAAUGAGCAGAAUGUGACGUGUGAUGUCAUCCAUGCUGUCAUUCUGCCCAGGUCGGACAAGAGAAAAGACCGUGUAAAAAUCUCUCCUGAGAUGCUCAUCCAAGGUCAGCAGAAAGCUGAAGAGAUUAGCAAAACCAGCAAGACGCGCGUCAACGUAGUUGGAUGGUAUCAUUCCCACCCGAAGACUACCGCGGUACCUUCCACUAUAGGUAAGAAAUUCAAACCUGUUGACAUUGAAAAAUUGUUCAAAUUUUGUCUUCUUAUUUUCACAUUGUGCUAUGAUUUGAAAGUGUUCUAAUUAUUAGUUGAUUGUGGAAUCA